GCUGGGUGAAGUUGAGUGAGUCACUCGCGCGCCCCGACCGACAACACCCCCGCGCGUGCACACGCUCAGGACGCAGCCAGCCUCCAGAGCAGCUCCCCUUGGCCGCCGGGGGCCUCUGCCGGCCUCCAGGCCCCCUUGUCGCCGGGCCAGCGGGAGCCACAUCUGGCCCGCACCUCUGGCUGGCGCGCCAGCCGCAGGGGUCCCGAGAGGGCGCGGCGCAGAAGCACAAACCGGGGUCCGGGCUGGUCUAUGCCUAGCAGCGGGAGCUGCCAUGGGUCGGGGGCUGCUCCGGGGCCUGUGGCCACUGCACAUCGUCCUGUGGACACGCAUCGCCAGCACCAUCCCACCGCACAUUCCGAAACCGGUUAAUGAUGAGAUGAUGACCAGUGACAACAAUGGCGAGGUCAAGAUUCCACAGCUAUGUAAGUUUUGUGAUGUGAGAUCGUCUACCUGUGACAACCGGAAAUCUUGCAUGAGCAACUGCAGCAUCACGGCCAUCUGUGAGAAGCCACAUGAAGUCUGUGUAGCCGUGUGGAGGAAGAAUGAUGAGAACAUAACUCUAGAGACCGUUUGCCAUGACCCCAAGCUCACCUACCAUGGAUUUGCUCUGGAAGAUUCUUCUUCUACAAAAUGUAUUAUGAAGGAAAAAAAAGUGCUGGGCGAGACGUUCUUUAUGUGCUCCUGUAGUGCGGAAGAGUGCAAUGACCACAUCAUCUUCUCAGAGGAGUAUACCACCAACAGUCCUGACUUGUUAUUAGUCAUAAUUCAAGUGACGGGUGUCAGCCUCCUGCCACCCCUGGGGAUUGCCAUCGCCGUCAUCGUCACCUUCUACUGCUACCGAGUUCACCGGCAGCAGAAGCUGAGCCCGUCCUGGGAAAGCAGCAAGACUCGCAAGCUCAUGGAAUUCAGCGACCACUGUGCCAUCAUCCUGGAGGAUGACCGCUCUGACAUCAGCUCCACGUGUGCCAACAACAUCAACCACAACACCGAACUGCUGCCCAUCGAACUGGACACCCUGGUGGGCAAAGGGCGCUUUGCUGAAGUCUAUAAGGCCAAGUUGAAGCAGAACACUUCAGAGCAGUUUGAGACUGUGGCUGUCAAGAUCUUCCCUUAUGAGGAGUACGCUUCCUGGAAAACGGAAAAGGACAUCUUUUCAGACAUCAACCUGAAGCAUGAGAACAUCCUGCAGUUCCUGACAGCCGAGGAGCGGAAGACAGAGCUGGGGAAACAGUACUGGCUGAUCACUGCCUUCCACGCUAAGGGCAACCUGCAGGAGUACCUCACACGGCAUGUCAUCAGCUGGGAGGACCUGUGCAAGCUGGGCAGCUCCCUGGCCCGGGGUAUCGCUCACCUGCACAGUGACCACACUCCCUGUGGGAGGCCCAAGGUGCCCAUUGUACACAGGGACCUCAAGAGCUCCAAUAUCCUCGUGAAGAAUGACCUGACCUGUUGCCUGUGUGACUUUGGGCUGUCCCUGCGUCUGGACCCUACUCUGUCUGUGGAUGACCUGGCCAAUAGCGGGCAGGUGGGAACUGCAAGAUACAUGGCCCCAGAAGUACUAGAAUCCAGGAUGAAUUUGGAGAAUGUUGAGUCCUUCAAGCAGACGGAUGUGUAUUCCAUGGCUCUGGUGCUCUGGGAGAUGACGUCUCGCUGUAAUGCGGUGGGAGAAGUCAAAGACUAUGAGCCUCCUUUUGGUUCCAAGGUACGGGAGCACCCUUGUGUGGAAAGCAUGAAGGACAAUGUGCUGAGGGAUCGAGGGCGACCAGAAAUACCGAGCUUCUGGCUCAACCACCAGGGCAUCCAGAUGGUGUGCGAAACGCUGACGGAGUGCUGGGACCAUGACCCAGAGGCCCGUCUCACGGCUCAAUGUGUGGCGGAGCGCUUCAGUGAGCUGGAGCACCUGGACAGACUAUCAGGGAGGAGCUGCUCAGAGGAGAAGAUUCCAGAAGAUGGCUCACUGAACACUACCAAAUAGCUCUUCUGGAGCUGUCCAGACCAAGUUCAAAGAGGCUGUAUCAUUACCAAAGAACAGAGGCAACAGCAGACUGCCCUGAACUGAUGCUUCCUGGAAAAGGAAGGCAUCCCUCCCUCCUAUGUGAGCCAUAGGCUGAGCAGAACCUGCAGCAUCAGAGAAUGAGUGUCAGAAAGCAUUCUAUGCCUUUGACCUUGUCAUGGGAUAAGCUGUGUUCGCACUUCCUCAGGAAAAUAAGAUUGAUUUUUUUUUACAAUAGCCAAUAACAUUUGCACUUUAUUAAUGCCUGUAUAUAAAUAAGGAAUAGCUAUGUUUUAUAUCUAUAUCUAUAUAUCUAUAUAUAUAUCUUUAUCUAUAUAUACAUAUAUCUAUAUAGCUACAGCCAUACUCUGAAAAGAGACAAGGAAGAAGAUCAUAUAGUUCCAGGAAAUGGUUUCUGUUGAGUGAGAAGGACAGGAUUCAAGAUAGCAUUGGCACUUGACAAUCACAUGCACCAGGGCUCUCUGACUAUAGGAUGGGAAGUCUUUGCAGAAGUAGAUCAUUCCUCAACUCCUGCUUUGCUAUGUUGCAUUUUCUUUAGCAAUAAUUACACAUUUUCUUUUGCAAUAAUGACUCCCAGCACAAGAGGUUUUCCCUGGCCGUUGAGCUAAGGACAGUUGCACUGAGUUUGAGGACCAUUAUUCCUGGAGUUGCUUCUUCUGGGCUUUGCUCUUGAUCCUCACACCCCAUAUCUAAUGAUUAGUGAAUCUUCCUCACCCUAAUUCAGAAACUCAGUCCUAUCUAGAACUUUGAAUGUCUUAAGCUCAUCUUUUACUUUCACAGGCUGUAGGAAAUUAGGAUAAUUUCUUUCUGUGAAAUUGCCACGUUAUCUACUAGUAAAAUUGAUCUUAUGGACUCUCCUAUACUAUGCCACUAUGGCCCACUCCCAAACUUUAUUCUUUCCUAAGAGGGAACUGCUCUUCCUAUCCCUCUCUCCCCAUCUCUGGGGCUCUUUGUUUGUAAUUUUUGGCACACUUCUGCUUUGUCUCCAGUUUGCUAUGCAAACACCCAGGGGGUUCCAUUUUCUGCUCAGUACAUUCUGUCCUAGUGGAGGAUUUGAACACAAUACUGCCACUCCUCAGGCACUUUAAAUAGAUGUUUGGCUUGUAUAUUUACAGUAUUUUUUUAAAAGAGUGAGCCAUUUUAAAAAAAGUAGUUGAAGAUUUUGCAGUAAAAUCUGGAACCCAGGUAAGACUAGUAAAUGGUUUCCAGUUUGGUGAGUCUGUACCGCUUCAUAAAGCUGUAGACACUUCAAAAGCUGCUUUACUCUUUACUGUAAACAUUGGUGAUUCCUGCCACCCAUGCCCAGCCCAGUCUAGGGAUGAAAACUGCCCCUAACCAAGAUCCCUGUGAGAACUGUGCAUUCAGACAGCCCUUCUCUGGCUGCAGAAUUGUGUUUGACUCCUUUUCUGGUGAUAAUAUUCUAAGUCGACCCUUUAUUAGACUAAAAGGGGCCCCUUCUUUGCCCAUGUGGUCCUGACCAACCCAGGUCUCUUUUAUUCCCUUUGUAUGUGAGUGGCAGCUCUUUCUCCAGGUAGCCUUUGUCCUGGCUGCCAGUGGCUACACUAGGCUUGUCAUCCUCCUCUAUGCAGAAAUCACUAGUGAGGACUUCAGCAUCCCAUGUGCCGUUAGGAAAUCAGUGUCUACUGAGACAAGAACAAACUAUGAGUUUUAAUACUCUAUAGGAAACUUGUUAAUCCAUGAACAAAUGUUAAUGCUGCAAGCAACUAUGUCUUCUUUAAAAAAAUGUUUUGAAGCUACUUACUUUCAGCCAAAUAGGAAUAUGAAAGAGGGACUGACAGUGAACUGAACAGCUGCUUGGAUUGUGGGAGGGUUCAUCUCAAUGAGGUGUUAGGGUACACACUAGAAUUGGGGUAUACUUCACACACCCUGCUUAGUGAAGGUGUGCCUGGAGAGCUCAGGAUAUGGGCUGAGCCAGUGCCUGAGUACCCUAGAGACCCAGGAAUGCCACUUGUGCCUAGAGCUUGCCAGGCCAAUAGCUGUGGCUCAUUGACCUCUAGUGGUGAAUUCUAGAAUAUUGGUCUGGGGGAUAUCCCAGAUUCAAGAGAGUUUUUACUUCCAGGUCAUGAGCAUAAACUGGAACAUAGUGUCAGACAAUAUACUGUGGCUUGUUUUCUUGAUUUUUUUUCUUAUCCAAAAAAGUGACCAAGGAAUAACAUUCUGUAGUUCCUACAAAUACUGAGUUUUCUUCACUACUCUAUGCAAAGGAACAGUUUUAUUCUCUUAUGGGAUAUUUCAGCCAUACUCAUGUAUUAAAAUAGGAAUGUGAAUGCUCAGAACUCAACAAUACCAAGAACUUAUUUUAAUUCUAUGCAUCAUUUGCCUUUUAUAUAAGGAAAAUGUUUAUUAGAUUGAAUAAAGCAAAAUGCUCAGGUGA